GCGCCGCGGCGGCGUCUUCAUCGUCGUCGUCGUCGUUGUUGCCGCCGUGGUAGAUACACAAAACGCGACACAAAAGUUGACAGUUUUGUAUCGAUUCAACCACGUUCGCGGCGGCGGUGGUGGUGUGGUAAGUCUAAGUAUUCUUUGGUGAUGAUGUCUCUUGCAGACAAUCCGGCUUGAGCUUGAUUCAAGAUCAAGUGCGAAUGCGGCUCAGUGGCGUUUUAAACUUCCGCUGGUAAUGUUGAGAGUUCUUUUUGCCGAUACUUACGAUAGUUUGAGCUCGAAUUUUUUACAAAUUAAAUUUCGGUAUCGUUCAAUAAAUUUAAUAAGUUCAUAAAACAAGCGUUUUGUUAAGUGCAAUGUUAGGUUUGUGAUAUUUUAUUUUUAUUUCGGUUUAUUGUGAUUUUAAAAAAAGCCAAAAAUAAUAAAUAAUAAAUUCAAAAGAAAAUAAGUGCUAUUUCUGCCACCAACAUGUGUCAAUGUGUUUAUUUAUUUAUUUUGAUGUUAUCAUCGAGUUUAAUUAUUGGAUUAAGUUUAAGUGAACAACAAACAAAUGGGAAUAAUGUUCGAGGGAACUUUGAGGCGUAUCCUCAAUUAAAAGGAGGAGAACAACCAAGGAUGCCAAAUCCGAUAAAGAAUUUCUUUGGAUUAUUUAAUAGAAAUUCAAAUAGACAACCGAUUUCUGACAAUUUUGAAAAUGUCUGCCAAUGCAGGUGUGGUGAACCAAAUGACGAGACACGUAUCGUAGGUGGAUCAAACAGUGGCACCAACGAGUAUCCAUGGAUGGCACGUCUGAGCUAUUUCAAUAGGUUCUAUUGUGGAGGAACUCUCAUCAACGAUCGAUAUGUCUUGACUGCUGCUCAUUGCAUUAAAGGGUUCAUGUGGUUCAUGAUUAAGGUCACAUUCGGAGAACACGACCGAUGCAGUGACGCCAUUCGCCCUGAAACUCGAUUUGUGUUGCGUGCCUUCAGCCAGAAGUUCAGUUUCUCGAAUUUCGACAAUGACAUAGCACUCCUGCGGCUGAAUGACCGUGUUCCUAUAACAAGCUUCAUUCGACCAAUAUGUCUGCCAACAGUUGAAGAUGUAAACUACGUGGGAACAAAGGCCAUGGCAACCGGAUGGGGAACACUCAAGGAAGACGGAAAACCAUCCUGUUUGCUGCAGGAAGUCGAAGUGCCUGUUAUUGCCAACGACAUUUGUGUCAAAGAUACAAACUACACUCAGAAGAUGAUCACACAGAACAUGAUGUGCGCUGGUUAUCCGGGCGUUGGAAAACGAGACUCGUGUCAGGGUGAUUCUGGUGGUCCACUGGUGGCGUUAAGACCAGACAAACGUUAUGAACAAAUCGGAAUCGUGUCCUGGGGCAACGGAUGUGCUCGACCUCAUUAUCCCGGUGUUUAUACGAGAGUAACGAAAUAUCUCAAAUGGAUAAAUGAAAAUUCGAGAGAUGGAUGCUUUUGCAAUGAAUGAUGAAACGAUGAUUUUGAUGAUGAUGAUGAGGAUGAUGAUGGUGCCCUAUAUAAAUAAAUAUUGAUAAGGAUUUAAGAUUUUUGUUUAAGUGAUUCUAGUUAAAAACGUGGAUAAUUAUGAAGUAUAUAGAAUUAAGCAUAAAUUAUGUGUUUAUUUAUGUCUUAUAUGUGUAAUAAUUAAGCUAAGGUAAUAAUUUUAAAAUUAUUUACUAUGUUUUUAUGUACUGUAAAUUAUCUAGUAUUUUACGAUUUACCUUAAUAAUAAUAAAACAAAAAAGUAAGUCUUCUUUUUUU